AUGACAAGUCUCAAGAGGACCCACGAAGCUGGGCCUUUGGCCUCCAACAUUUCUAGCAAAACAUAUGUCCGGUCCACCCGCAGUGGCAAGGUCCAAAAGAUUGUGAGAGAGGUCUACCUCAGAACAGACAUUCCCUGCUCGUCGCAGCUAUGUAAAGCAUGCCUGGAGUUUGCUCCUCGCAAUGCUUCUGGCCAAGCUCAACCGUUUGUCCUGUCUGAUAAGCCUGGGGGCACCAAGACUUUCCCGCGCGGACAUUACCUAGUACCGGACACCAACGCACUUCUGAAUGGCAUGGAUUUAUUUGAGCAGAGCUCUGCCUUUUACGACGUCGUCGUCCUGCAGACCGUUCUGGAAGAGCUUCGAAACCGCUCUUUGCCUCUGUACAAUCGAUUGAUAUCGCUUACCAAGAGCGAGGACAAGCGCUUCUACGUCUUCUUCAACGACUUUCGUGUAGAGACAUACGUGCAAAGAGAAACCAAUGAGUCGGUAAACGACAGAAAUGAUCGCGCUGUGCGCCAGGCAGUCAAGUGGUACAGCGAGCAUCUCGCGGCGCAAGUCGGCCAAGGGACAGCGCCCGCCGUCGUCAUGCUUACUGACGACCGAGAUAAUAUCCGCAAAGCAAAAAAAGAAGGCGUCGAAGCAGUCACACUCAGGGACUACAUUGGCAGCCUCGCAGAUGGCGAGAACCUGCUAGACUUGAUUCCCGAAUCGCAAAACCAAGCACGCGAAGAUAUCAACAAGGGGUUCCAACCAUUGUACCCUGAAUACUUUACCGUAUCACGCAUGAUGACUGGCGUCAAGGCCGGUCUCAUGCACCAAGGCAUUUUCAACGUCUCGCCAUACAACUAUCUCGAAGGAUCCAUCAAAGUGCCGGCCUUUGCCAAGCCACUCAUCAUCCUUGGGAGAGAAAACAUCAACAGGGCUGUCGAUGGUGAUCUUGUCGUUGUGGAGCUUCUGCCGCAGGAUCAGUGGAAACAGCCGUCGACGAAAAUCAUUGAGGAGGAUACAGUAACAAAGAACGAGGAUGCCGAUGCAGAGCAGCAAGACUUUGUCUCGGAUCGGGAGAAGAAGGCGCUGCAGGAGCAAGUCAAACGAACACACAAAAGCGGCUCAGAAAGCCAUCCCCAGCCUACAGCCAAGGUUGUCGGCGUCAUCAAGCGCAACUGGCGUCAAUACGUUGGUCACAUUGACCCCUCAUCCGCCAGCAAGGGCUCGAGCCAGGGCCGCAAGCUGGACAGUGUCUUCCUCAUUCCUAUGGACAAGAAGAUUCCCAAGAUUCGCCUGCGCACGCGACAGGUAUCUGAGCUUCUAGGCAAGCGGCUGCUGGUGACAAUUGAUGCCUGGGACCGCGACUCGAGACACCCGGUCGGCCACUUUGUGCGAUCACUCGGUGAACUGGAAACCAAGGCCGCUGAGACUGAGGCUCUGCUUCUCGAAUGGGAUGUGCAGUACCGUCCCUUCCCCAAGACCGUCCUCGACUGCCUGCCUAAGGAAGGCCAUGACUGGCGCGUACCCGGCAGCACUGAAGACGCUGGUUGGAGGGACCGUGAAGACUUGCGCGGGCUGCUUAUCUGCAGUAUCGAUCCUGUCGGCUGUCAAGAUAUUGACGAUGCUCUGCAUGCACGCAAGCUUCCCAACGGCAACUACGAAGUCGGUGUACACAUUGCUGAUGUUUCCCACUUUGUCAAGCCCGCCAAUGCCAUGGAUGCUGAAGCCAGCGUGCGCGGCACCACCGUCUAUCUUGUCGACAAGCGUAUCGACAUGUUGCCGCCGCUGCUUGGUACCGACCUCUGCUCGCUCAAGCCGUAUGUCGAGCGCUACGCCUUUUCCGUUCUCUGGGAGCUCAAUGACGACGCUGAUAUCGUCAAUGUGCGCUUCACAAAGUCGGUCAUCAAGUCUCGUGAAGCUUUUAGCUACGAACAGGCGCAGCUUCGCAUUGACGAUGCCUCCCAGCAGGACGAGCUCACGCAAGGCAUGCGCAUGCUGCUUGCGCUAUCUCGUCGCCUUAAGAAGAAGCGCAUGGACGCGGGUGCGCUCAGCCUGUCUUCUCCUGAAGUCAAGGUGCAGAUGGAGUCUGAAACGUCUGAUCCCAUCGAUGUCAAGACGAAGGAGCUCCUCGACACGAACUCGCUCGUCGAAGAAUUCAUGCUGUUUGCCAACAUUUCAGUCGCUGCCAAAAUUUACGAGGCGUUCCCACAGACGGCCAUUCUCCGUCGCCACGCUGCGCCGCCCAAGACCAACUUUGACGAGCUCGCUGAGCAGCUGCGUGUGAAGCGCAACCUCGAGCUGCGCACCGACACCAGCAAGACGCUCGCCGAUUCCCUGGACGCGUGCACCGACCCGGCCGAGCCCUUUUUCAACACCCUCGUCCGCAUAAUGGCCACGCGCUGCAUGAUGAGCGCCGAGUACUUUUGCUCCGGCACGCAGUCUUACCCCGAGUUCCGCCACUACGGCCUUGCCUCAGAGAUUUACACGCACUUCACGUCGCCCAUCCGCCGAUACGCCGACCUACUCGCUCACAGGCAGCUCGCCGCGGCCAUUGGCUACGAGGCCGUGCACCCGACGGUGCGCAGCCGCGGGCGCCUCGAGGCCGUCUGCAAGAACAUCAACGUGCGCCACCGCAACGCGCAGAUGGCCGGCCGCGCCUCCAUCGCCUACUACGUCGGUCAGGCGCUCAAGGGCCGCGUCGCCGAGGAGGAUGCCUUUGUCAUGCGCAUCUUCAGCAACGGUCUCGUCGUGCUGGUGCCGCGCUUCGGCAUCGAGGGCCUGAUUCGCCUGCGCGACCUGGCGGAGCCCGAGCCCGAGAGCGAAUUUGACGCCGAGACGUUUACGCUCACGACGACGGGCAGCCGCGAGCUCAAGGUCGAGUUGUUCCAAAAGGUCAAGGUUAGAGUCCAUGACGAAAAGGACGACAAGACCGGCAAGCGUGGUGUCAAGAUGGAGUUGAUUAGUGCGUGA